CUCGGACCGACAUUUCCCAAACUCCACCGAACGAUCCGUGUUCGGCCCACCAGCACCUUCCUCUUCCUUCUUCCCCAGCCGUGCGCGCUUCUCCACUUCCCCGGAGACAAAAGAGCCCCGCGAUCUCCCGGGCCCCACCUCCCGCCUGCGCGCCUGCAACACGGAGAAGCUUCCGGUUCCCAGCCGGCCCGGCUCCACCGACUCUUCCUUUCCCUCCGGCCGCCGCGGCGUCGAAGCGGAUUAGCGGGGAGCGUCGGGGCGGCGAGAUGUGGGUGUUCUACCUGAUAUCGCUGCCCCUGACGCUGGGCAUGGUCGUCGUCACGCUCCGCUACUUCGCCGGCCCCGCUGUGCCGCGCUACGUUGUCGUCACCGUCGGAUACGCAUGGUUCUGCUCCCUCUCCAUCAUCAUCCUCGUCCCCGCCGACAUCUGGCAGACAUUAACUGGCAGUGCAAAGGGUGGCAUUGGAUUCUUUUGGAGCUGGUCCUAUUGGAGCACAUUUAUCCUAACAUGGGCUGUAGUUCCUACUAUCCAGGGCUAUGAAGAUGCAGGAGACUUCACUGUUAAAGAAAGGCUGAAAACUAGCAUUCAUAUGAACCUGCUUUUUUAUUCAAUUGUGGGAGCCAUUGGCCUUAUUGGUCUCAUACUACUCUUAAUCAUGCAUAGAGCUUGGGAUGGUGGUAUUGUGGGAUUUGCAAUGGCAUGCUCAAAUACCUUUGGAUUAGUGACUGGUGCUUUUCUUCUUGGGUUUGGGCUAAGCGAAAUUCCAAGAAACAUUUGGAAAAACGCAGACUGGUCUCACCGCCAAAAAGUACUUUCUCAUAGAGUUGCUAAGAUGGCUGUAAAGCUUGAUAAUGCCCAUCAAGAAUAUUCAAAUGCAAUUGUUGUUGCUCAAGCUACAUCAAAUCAAAUGUCAAAACGUGACAUUUUGAGGCCUUACAUGGAUAUUAUUGAUAACAUGCUGUCUCAAAUGCUGCGGGAGGAUCCAUCCUUUAAACCUUCUGGUGGUAGAUUAGGUGAAAAUGAUAUGGACUAUGAUACUGAUGAUAAAUCGAUGGCCACACUUCGGCGCCAACUCAGGAGAGCUCAUGAGGAGUACUAUAGGUGCAAAAGUGAGUAUAUGACUUGUGUCAUGGAAGCCCUCAAACUAGAAGACACAAUAAAAAAUUAUGAACGCCGUGAUGCUAAUGGAUGGAAAUAUGUAUCAAGUUUUAGAGAAAGUCGUUCAGGCACACUUGGAUCAAUUUUGGACACUAUUGAGUUCAUUUGGCGCUGUAUACUGAGAAAGCAGCUUCAAAAAGCAUUUGCUGUUAUCCUUGGCUGCAUGUCAGCUGCUAUACUGUUGGCUGAAGCUACUUUACUUCCAAGUGGUGUUGAUCUCUCUCUCUUUUCUAUUCUUAUAAAAGCUGUAGGAAAACAAGAGGUUUUAGUUCAGGUUGCUGCUUUUGUCCCCUUGAUGUAUAUGUGCAUUUGCACAUAUUAUUCAUUAUUCAAGAUUGGUAUGUUGAUGUUCUAUUCUCUAACUCCAAGGCAAACCAGCUCUGUCAGCUUGCUUAUGAUCUGUUCAAUGGUUGCAAGAUAUGCACCUCCUAUUUCUUAUAACUUUCUUAAUCUCAUCCGCCUUGGUGGCAAUGCUAAAACUACAUUUGAGAAGAGAAUGGGGAACAUUGAUGAUGCAGUCCCUUUCUUCGGCAGAGGCUUCAACAGGAUCUACCCACUGAUUAUGGUUGUUUAUACGCUAUUGGUUGCUAGUAAUUUCUUUGGCCGUGUGAUUGACUUUUUGGGAAGCUGGAAAAGGUUCAAGUUCCAACGUGAAGAAGAGAAUAUAGAUGGUUUAGAUCCCUCUGGAAUGAUUAUUCUACAAAAAGAGAGGUCUUGGCUUGAACAAGGGUGCAAAGUGGGCGAGCAAGUUAUUCCAUUGGCAAGGAAUUUCAAUGGCGUGAACACAGAUAUUGAAUCACAAAAUGUUCCAUUGGUUGAAAAUACAGUGGAGAUGAAAGUUGGGGCAACCUCUUCCAGAAAUGAUGGGAGAGCCGGUCAGUCGAAAUAUGCAAACAACAGGGAGACUAUCGCCAGCAAAUACACUUCUAUUAGAGAACAGAACCGGCAGUCAGGGAAGGCAGUGAGAAAGGAAAUUUCACCGAACUCUGUAUCUUUGCUUGAAGAAAGAAAUUCUGAGCAGCGGUCCAAUGCGGGUGUACCACCAACUGGUGUGUCUGCAACAUGGGCCUCGAUGAAGAAUGGUUUUCAAAAUUUCAAAGCAAAUAUGGGUUCAAAGAAGUUUCUUCCUUUGCGCCAAGAUCCAGGAUUUGUUCUGAAUUCAAAUGUCUCUUCACCUGAAUCUCUUGAUGACAUAUUCCAAAGGUUGAAACGGCGGCCUGCAAAUGUACCUGUGGAUUACCUUGACGAUGACGAUGAUGACAACACAGGAGAUAUGGAUCUGCAUUUCCAGGAUCAAUGAAAUAGGUUGUUAUUCUUUUAGGUUUAGAAUAUGCAUACACAGAAAAACUAAAAGAAUUGUUAGCAUUAGAUGCUCGAAGGAAGAUAUAGGAUGUAUAGAUCUGAUGAUUUGGUGUGCUUCCUGGAAGCCAAGACGCCUGCCCGUCUGGAGAACUACAAAAUGGAAGUACGAUAUGAUGACAGCCUUGCAGAAAGGCUUUAAAUUUUCCCAGCAAGAAGGUUUGGGACUUCUCUCACCUUAUUUGAGUCUGUAUUGGAGUUGCUGAUAUGCGAUCCAAGCCGAAGAAUGUAAAUGUGCACCUACGAUUCCAUUUGAAGAUUAACGUGCCUGGGUUGUAACCAGUAAAAAUGUACUAUCAAAUAUAUACUUGAUGGGGAGAAUGCUCCCAAGUGUUUUUGUGUUGCAGACGUCAGACUUGUAUUUGAUGGUAUAACCUUGCGAACAA